UUUAUUCUGCUUUACCUUUGUUAUACUUUCUUCUAUUGCAAGUAUCGCUUCAAGAACCUUUGAUGACAGAUGACCUUUUCAGAGACCUUCAAAUCUUGUUCAAUGUGGAAGCAGGACAUGCCUGCCACACAUAUUUUGAGUACCGGAAAGCUGCUGAUCAUUUUAGUACAGGGAAGAAAGUAGCAGGAAUACACGUUGAGUUGUCAGGUGCCAUGGGUAAGCGUACACAGUUUCAGCAGGAUGACAAGGCUCAGCUGUAUCUGCGAGUGCAAAAAGAUCCAAGCAGUGUUCAAAAUGAGGAGCAGAUUUCUCUUCCUACAGCUACUCCCAAAAUUUUGCCUUUGGAUGACGACACAGUGUUGAACGAGGUCAAGUACACAGAUGAUUCUGUCACAGACACACCUCACAUUUCACAAAUUGAACAAGUGCUGAUCAUUGGUCUCAUGGAAAGUUAUCGUCGAAGCAUGGCCCAAGAACGUCUGACAAAUGAAGAGAUACUUACCUACAUUGCUUUUAUUUUGCGUCAUGUGACAAACUGGAAUGUUGCUGUCAUGGCCCUCUCCUUAAGGUCAAAAAUGGAACAGGACAGCAGAAGAAGGGUAGAGAGGUCAAUGAUGCAAUUGGAGGAGCUGGCUAAAUUGGCUGCCACGCCUGACGCAAGCCCAGGUGUGAGUCAACGGAUUCCUCUCUUUUAUGCAUGUCAGGUACCUCCUCUGUGGACUGUUCAGAAAGAUUUGGCUACUAUUUUGUUGUCCCUGGGUCUGACAGGAGAGGCACUGGAUGUCUUUGAGAAACUGGAGAUGUGGGAAGACGCUAUUUCUUGCUACCAGAGGAUGGGGAAGAUGGAAAAGGCUGAGACUGUGAUCAGGGAACGUCUGGCCAUCAAGGAAACUCCAGCCUUACUGUGCUUCCUGGGAGACGUGACCAGAGAAAUAGAACACUAUCAGAAAGCCUGGGAAAUCUCAGGCCACAGGAAUGCCCGCUCUAUGAGGUGUAUGGGCUACAUCCACUUUCACCAGGGAGAUUAUGAAAAGGCCAUGGAAUGUUUUUCUACCUCACUGGCAGUAAAUUCGCUGCAGAUUCCAGUCUGGUUUACUUACGGCUGUGCAGCAAUGGCAUGCCAAAACUUCAGCACGGGUGUCAAAGCAUUCAGAAGAUGUGUGAACAUUGAAUAUGACAACUUUGAGGCAUGGAGCAAUCUGUCCACUUGCUAUGUCAGGCUUCAUGAAAAGCAAAAAGCUUAUGCUACCCUCCAGGAUGCACUGAAGUGCACCUAUGACAACUGGAGGCUGUGGGAAAAUAACCUUAUUAUUGCCACCGACUGUGGGUACUUUGAUGAAGUGAUCCGUUCUUACCACCGUCUGAUGGAUCUGAAGGACAAAUGGGUUGACAAUGAGGUUCUGAAUAUCCUGACAAGAGCUGUCCUUGAAAAUAUGCCUGAUGCCCGUGGCCAGCCAUCAGAAAGACUGAUUGGGAAUCUUAUGGAACUGUUUGGAAGGAUCACAUCCAAGGUCACAGCUGAAGGGGAAAUUUGGAUGAACUAUGCUAAAUUGUGCAACUCAAGUCUUGGAGGCCGGCAACCUGAUAUGGAAAAGUCUCUUCAGUAUCUGCAGAAAGCGUACCGGUGUAUUACACAAAACUCAGACUGGGAGAAGGAUGUGGAGGUUUGCAAGCAGGUAGCAGAACAGGCAGUCAGUCUGGCAAAAAUUCAUGUCCAGUGCACAAAGGACAAGAGUACACAGGAAAGUCUGAGGCUGCUGUCAGCGGCUAAGCUCAUGCUGCGGGGAGCCUUUGUCAAAGUACAGAAGCAGCACACAGAUCCCAUUUCACAAAUUUUGUCACCAGAAGUUGUCGACGUCUGCCAAGCAAUGGAUGAGUGCCUCUCCCAGAUUGUGUCACAGAUUGAUACUCUGAGAGCGGCAUAGGAGACAAAAGAGUAAAUGGCUAAUGCUUUUCCCCCUCGGUGCGGAGGAAGAAAUGGGAAGUAUAUGACUGUUUUCCAGUGGGGGAUUAAAACUACUUCAGCUUCAAGUACAAAACCUGACAUGCUGUUUUGGCUAAAGUGGAUAAAUAAACUUGUGAUACAAAACUAUG